AUGGCCGCUCCACAUGUCCCUAAUAUACGGAGCAUGGCGCCAGAACAGGCCAACAUGCAAGGCUGGCAAUCCCAAACUCUCACUUAUCUGGAUGCUGUCCUCGAGCGAUUCUGGGCAACACAGGAUGGACCUAAGGAGUCGGUUGUCCCAGGUAUCCUGCCCACGGACAGCAAACUGCAGCGAAAUGGAGAAUGGAGGGAGUGGCAUGCCCAGAGCGGAAUCCUGACAACAGCACAUGCUAUUCGCAUCAUCUGCAUACCUCCACUGAGUGCUCUUCAGAGAGUGGACCUGACAGGAUACCCACAUUGGCGGAAGUCAGCUAAACGAGUCCCACAUCGCCAUCAUCAGAACCGCAUUAAAGUGCAACGCAGUAGCUCACCUGGAAAGGACUCAGAUCAGGUCUGGAGAUGGGGGGUGAGCUUACCUGUCGCUGCCCUGUCACUCCCACAAGCAGACUCUCAGUGUACUACUAAAUCCUACCUAGUCAGGGAGUUGGUUGACUGUCUUACUAUACCUUACUGA